UUAUUUUUGUAUCGUGGACAGUAGCUAAUCUGAAAAAAAUGAUUAUUCCAUUAUUUUGUAUUUUUUUAAGUUAUUUGUCAUUAUCGCAUAGUGCAGAAAAUAUUGUAUUAAUCUUCGCAGAUGAUUUGGAUAUAUUUCUUGAUGGAAUGACUCCAAUGAGAAAUACAUUGGAUUUAAUUGGAAACAAAGGUGCAAUAUUUUCGAAUUGUUUUGUUGCUUCACCAAUUUGUUGCCCAAAUCGAGCCUCAAUUUUAACCGGAAAAUAUCAACAUAAUCAUCUAGUAGUAAAUAAUUCUGUUGCUGGAGGUUGCAAUAGCAUUUCAUGGCAAAAUUUUCAAGAACCAAAUACAUUUGCAGCACAUUUAAAACAUGAAAUGUCAUAUACAACAUUUUAUGCCGGAAAAUAUUUAAACCAGUAUGGAGGCAAAAGUGUUGGUGGACCAAAUCAUAUACCAAUAGGAUGGGAUUGGUGGGCUGGUCUUAUUGGAAAUUCAAAAUAUUAUAAUUAUUCUUUGUCCAUAAAUGGAACUGAAACAAAAUUUGGUAGUAAACCAAAUGAGUACCUUACAGAUGUAAUUGGUGAUUUGGCAACAGAUUUUAUUAAAACUCGUAAUUCGAACAGUGAACCAUUUCUUAUGGUUUUAGCACCACCUGCACCUCACGCACCUUUUACGCCUGCAGCACGGCAUAAUGACGAAUAUAAAGGCGUAAAGGCUAAAAGAACACCCAAUUUUAAUACACUGCCACAAAUGGAUAAGCAUUGGUUAGUGAGAAGAGGACCAUCUCCACUUCCUAAUAAUUUAUUACCCGAGUUAGAUGACAUAUACAGAAGAAGAUGGGAAACACUGUUAGCUGUCGACGAGCUUGUGACAAACGUAUACCAGAAUUUGAAGAAACAAAAUCUUUUAAACAGUACUUAUAUCAUAUUUACAUCUGAUAAUGGAUAUCAUAUUGGUCAAUUUAGUAUGCCAAUGGAUAAACGUCAACCAUAUGAAUCUGAUAUUAGAGUUCCAUUAUUAAUAAGAGGGCCUGGAAUUGUGCCAUCUAAAAUUUCUGCUCCUGUUAGUAGUGUUGAUCUAUUUGCCACAAUUUUAGAAAUAGCUGGUAUAGAACGCCCAUCGGAUGGAACCUCUUUCUUAAAAAAGACAUUGCCAGAUGAUAGAACGCUUUUAAUAGAGUAUAGGGGAGAGAGAUCUAAAGGUAUUCCAUCAUUGGAUUGUCCAAAUGAUAGUGAUCCAAAUCUCGCAAUAUGUAUGAAAGACAUGGCAUGCAAAUGCCAAGAUGCUGCAAAUAAUACCUUUAGUUGUAUUCGUCGCGUAUCCCCAAAAUACAAUAAUAUUUUUUGUAUUUUUGAGGAUGACAAGCACUAUGUUGAAGCAUAUAAUAUAACUACUGACAAUUAUCAAAUGAAUAAUAUUGGAUACAGUAUGAAGCGUCACCACCGGUACCGAUUUAGAAAGUACCUGAAAAGAAUGUCUGUUUGUAAAGACGAAGAGUGUGUUCUUACAAAUAUGAAAAACGUUUAUAUUUAGAAUCUCAUUUCUAUUAAUAUUUAGGUAGAAAGUAGUAUUCUCA